AUGAAUCCAAAAAUCGUUGCCACUUCUACUACUACCACCACCGUUACCGAGAAACCUGAUGGAGGUGAUCCAACAAAUUAUUGCUCAAUUAUGCAUUCCUCCGGACCUAUUAUUCUUGGAGCAACUGAGAAACCAGAUGGGGGCGAUCCAACCAACUACUGCUCUAUCAUAGAAUUAUCAAAGUUUAAUGUAAAUUAUUUUCAGGGACGUGUGCUUAUAAAUGAUUUAAUUACUGAGAAGUCGGCAUUUGUGGAUUUUAAGUAUGAGAAAAAACAACUAGGAGAAAAAACACGCAAGUAUUAUUGA